AUCUCGUGAGGAGGGGAGAUAACCUCCUGUUCCUCUGCAUUGGAGCUUAUAGUCUUGCUUCAGCAUCCGAGAAACACUACCGUUAACCGGACAUCAUCGGGAUCAGGCGAUUUCCCGGUGAUAAAGGAAGGGGGACGAUAUUUAGUUAGUGAAACACUAUCAGAGCAACGGACACAUAUCGAACGAGUCUCAAGUAACGUUAGCGGUUAAAGUUCAGAACAAGUACCUUCCUUUUAGUGAAGAAAGACAAAUCCGGAGGUGAAAGGCUCCAACAGCUGACACGGGAGUAUUUUAGUAUUUUUUUGUUUGUGUAAAUCUGCCAAUUUUAAAUCAUCCACGAUGACCAGGAGAUCUUGUGCCAUUUACGCCACCGGGAUCGCAUGCGCGCAUCUGCUCAUUUUGGGAAUCGCCCUGCUGGUGGCUCAAGUCUUCCAGACAAUGAUUCAAGAGCGGCUAAAAAAGGAGAUCACAUUGGGUCAGAAUAGUCGAGUAUUGGAGGGCUGGAUAAACCCACCACCUCCCGUUUACAUGCAGUAUUAUUUCUUCAACAUUACCAAUCCAGACGAGUUCUUGGCUGGAAAAGCGAAGCCCAAAGUCACUCAGAUGGGACCGUAUACUUACAGGGAAUAUCGUCCAAGGGAAAAUGUCACUUACCUUGAAAAUGGGACAAAAGUCUUUGCCACGAAUCCCAAGAGCUUUGUGUUUCUGCGAAACAUGUCUGCUGGAGAUCCCGAGGUUGACCGUGUGACAACAGUUAACAUUCCCUUAAUUGCUGUGAUGAACGAGUUGAAGACCUACAACUUCUUUCUGAGGUCUGCCGUGUCCAUGUACUUAAAUUCCAUGGGCAUUGAAGUGUUCAUGAAUCGUACCGUUCACGAGAUCCUCUGGGGUUUCAAAGAUCCACUGCUGACCAAACUUCACAGCAUGAGACCAGAAGUGGAGGAAUAUUUUGGCCUUAUGUACAACAAAAAUGGGACCCAUGAAGGUGAAUUUGUCUUUCACACUGGAGAACAGAACUACAUGGACUAUGGCAAGAUUGACACAUGGAACGGUAUAAGACAUAUGACUUGGUGGUCUGCUAACCAGAGCAACAUGAUCAACGGUACCGACGGCAGUGUCUUCCACACCUUCCUGUCCAGAAAAGAGCUCCUCUACAUCUUCGCCGCAGAUUUGUGCCGAUCCAUUCAUCUCGCUUAUGUGAGGGACAUGGAAGUGAAGGGGAUCCCCGCCUUCCGAUUCGCUCCUCCUUCAGAUGUUUUGGCUCCCCCCAGCGAGAACCCCAGUAACGCCGGUUUCUGCGUGCCUGCCGGGGAUUGCUUGGGAAAAGGAGUCCUCAAAGUCAGCGUAUGUCGACAAGGUGCUCCCAUUGUUGUAUCAUUCCCUCAUUUCUACCAAGCCGAUGAUAAAUACAUCAAUGCCAUCGAAGGGAUGAGCCCGAAUGAGGAGGAACACGAAACCUACCUCGACAUCAAUCCAACCACAGGGGUUCCUAUUCGCGCAUGCAAAAGAGCUCAGCUCAACGUCCUCCUGAAGAGAGUCACCGGCUUCCCCAACACAAAAUUCCUCAAUGACACGAUUUUCCCGAUCAUGUAUGUCAAUGAGACGGCGACCAUCGACGACGGCUCGGCUAGCCAGAUGAGAACGCUUCUGUUGAUCGUAACGUUGGUCUCCAAUUUUCCCGUCUUCAUUAUGGGGAUGGGGAUCAUUUUACUAGUGGUCCUGUUCGUACUUAUAUGCAGAAACCGUCAGAGAAAGAAUGAAGUAAAACGUAUUGAUUUUACUGAGGCUUUUCAUUCUUUUGCUACGACGAAAGACGACACGGCUUACACCCAGGUCAGCAACCAAACGGAGGAAUCGCCCGAGAACCGCAGCAAUCAGCCUUUGAGGAACGGAUCUUACAUCGCCAUGUCGCCUGUGGAGGCGCAGAAGUGUUGAUGAAGAUCCCCGCCCCGUCACUCUUCACUGUGCGAUUCGUCCUCGGGGCCACACACGCUCACCAACGUCCGCCGAAGGUUAUGACAUCACAAACUCAAAGCACCCGAAUCAGUCUCUGGGUUUAUGGAGACGUCUGUCGCCUAUUCAUGAGAGGCCUCGAAACACUCUUGCCUUUAAAAAGAAAGAAUAUGCAUCGCAUGCUCACCGAAUUUAUAGUCCUAAACCCCCGAGGGGGUUUCACUGGAGGUGCUGGAAACACUCAUGACUAGGACAGCUUCAAGCGUUUCGAAUCUCUUCCCACACUACUGUAUGCAGGUCUGCGCAAGCAGGCCUUGUACUAACAAAGCUCUUUAUUUCUCUUAGCCUUUGAAAACGAGCGGAUAAAUGCAAACUCUAUCGUAAAAAGAGGGAUAAAAGGUCUAAUAUGCUAAACAAAAACAAAAAAACUGGAUCCAAUCCAGUACUUGGAUGUGUGUGUGUGUGAUACCAGUAUGUAUGUAUAUAUUUGUAUGUCAGCAGGCAUGUCUAUGCUUGCAUGUUUUGUCACACGGCAGUGAACUGCUCGGGUGGAUCCCAGUCCGCCGUUUCGCACGACGCAGUGUGACAAGAAGUGGACACUAGUGGUCUUUGAUUUCAACCGGAAGCGUUGUAAUGACGACAGCUACUUUAGAGAGGUUAGACGGUCUCUUGCUAUAGAAAUCAUACGCGUUUUAUAUUUUCAUACUGAAAGAACAUCAAACGUGAGACUUGAAUCUUCCUCUGCCUUACUUACGAACACAAAAUGUGAUUUCGCAUGGCAACAUCUGGCUACCUCACAUUUGUGAAUCACCCAUUUCGCAGCCAAGCGUCUUGUUUUGUUAUCACGGGACUACACUGAACCCGAAUGAGAGCAGAAAGGGUUAAAGAUCAGCAGGUUUGAGGUUAUCAGUGAUGUUUGCACGUGUCUUUCUGUGCACGUUUAGUUUACCUAAACCCUCUGUGGCCAAAAGAGACUUUAGCACUUGAAUCUCACAAGUUCUUGUGUUGUGUGCUCUUCGUCAUGUUCAGAGCCUCAACUGUUUAGGCUUUACAAAAUAUUGUACUUUUUUGUUAUUUUGUGUCCACUCGGUUGAAGCAUUAGAAACCGUGUCAAACACUUGUCGUGAAGAUGUUACAUUAACAUAAGCAUCUGUUACCUGCCGUAUUACGGCAAUUUUGCUCGUGCCAUGAAUCUAUCUUUGCGUUAAAACUGGAAACGUAUACAAAACGGCCUAGAAAAAUAUGUAUGUUGAAACCCUGCUGGACUAUUUGAUAUCUUUAAGCGUCGAGUAAGUACAACCUGAGCCAUAUCCACACGCUUUCCGGAUUCCUAACGGUGACUUUUGAAACGUGCCACCCCUUGUUCACCUCCAUAUACGCUUGACCAAAGAUAACAUUGGUUUAGUAGAUAACCGCUUUGUUGACUUACCACAGUGAUAUGUACAGUGCCAUCGAUUUCCCAUUUGCAAAAGCAGCAUCCCAUUAUCUACACGGGAAAAGUUCACAAAAUAGUUUUCCAGGACGUACCGUGUGUGUUUAAUACUGCAAAAACGAGAACUUAAAAGUGCUCAGACUGCAGACGAAUCUGGACCGGAUAUGCAUUGAAGUCCGGCCCGGACUCGUCUGCUGUCCGGGUGUUGCCACAGUGUGCACAUGAACUCUCAGUAUUAUGUAUUGAUGCAGCAAUACAAGAUUAUAUGUAUGAAGCAAAUUUUAUAAUGAAGUAAAAGUUUUGUAAUCAGACAAAGGAUAUUUAUGUAUUCAUAUGUUCAAUGGUAUGUACAUUAUCUGAAUUUCUAAGGUUUUUGGUCCUGUUCAUUUCUGUAUAUUGUUUUUAAUUAUUUUGUGAUAUAUAACGUGGGUUGACAAAGCACAUUUCUUUCCUUUUUUUCCCCUUUCUUUCUCCACAAAGUUGAAUAUUGUGCUAAAUCCAAGAUGAAACGGUGUAUGUGCUCGUGAGAUUGUAACUCUGACAAAGGCUUGUGUUGUGUCUGUGGGGUUUGAGCCAAUCUUGUGUAAUGAUCUCCCGUAAUAGGACCUUCCCAAGCUGUCGACGCACUGUUUUGUCCAACUGGAAUAACAAUGGGAAGGCUGAGUGUCUUUGAGUUUGGUUUUGGGGGAUUGCCGUAGUGCCACGUUGGGUACAAAGGAACUUUCUGUUGCAAUCUAACCUUUUUUCUUAGAUGAAUGAUGCCCUCCUUCAGUGCCAUAUGAUCCUGUAUAUUUCAUUUGCUUCGGUAGCGUUUGUUUUUUUUUUGCUUUGCUGGUAAAUUCACCCCAGCAUCUUUCAGGGUGGUCUUAAAAACACUGAACAUUUCACACCUGAGAUGCGCGUCACCUUUUUUGCUGCUGAAAAUGACAAUCCUGGUGUCAUGUUGGGUGCAAAAUCAUUUCAAGUAAUGUUCAUUUUUAGUUUUGAUAAUUUACACUGCACAAAUCUUUCUAAAAUGCUUUUGUAAACAUUUUUAGUGUUAUUUUCAAAUAGUAAAAAACGUCGAAAUGCAAA